AAAAGACUUUCCAUGGCACCCCAUGCAUAUUCUGUUGUGUUAGUAAUUCUCUUUUUUCUCUUCAUUCACAUGCACUUGCAGGGUGCCACCGCUGACUAUGGUGAUUGGCAGGGUGGCCACGCCACUUUCUAUGGUGGUGGUGAUGCUUCUGGCACAAUGGGAGGUGCGUGUGGUUAUGGGAAUUUGUACAGUCAGGGGUAUGGAACCAACACUGCAGCUCUCAGCACUGCUUUGUUCAACAAUGGCUUGAGCUGUGGGGCAUGUUAUGAAAUGAGGUGUGCUGAUGAUCCAAGAUGGUGCAAGCCUGGCACCAUUGUUGUCACUGCUACAAACUUUUGUCCACCAAACUUUGCUCUGUCCAACCAUAAUGGUGGUUGGUGCAACCCUCCUCUUCAACACUUUGAUAUGGCUGAACCCGCAUUCUUGCAAAUCGCCCAAUAUAGAGCUGGAAUUGUGCCUGUGGCAUUUAGAAGGGUUUCUUGUGUGAAAAAGGGGGGAAUAAGAUUCACAAUUAAUGGACACUCUUACUUCAACCUGGUUUUGAUCACCAACGUCGCGGGUGCAGGGGAUGUCCAUGGAGUGUCAAUCAAAGGGUCAAGAACUGGCUGGCAACCAAUGUCAAGGAACUGGGGGCAAAACUGGCAAAGCAACUCCUACCUCAAUGGACAAAGUCUCUCUUUCCAAGUCACCACCAGUGACGGUAGAACUUUGACAAGCAACAACGUGGCAACAUCUAACUGGCAGUUUGGUCAGACCUUCCAAGGGGGUCAGUUUUAG